AUGAGUUGCUUAAACGUUCAACCUGUUCAACUUCCCAUAACAAAUAAAUAUAGAAAUCUGCCUGCUGGAAAACCUUCCCAUAGACAUGAGUCAACAUUUUGUAGAUUCUUUUCUGACACAACGGAAAAAGAAUGUAAAGGUAGCAGAAGAAAUAUUAACCAUCGAAAUAAAUCUUCGAUUUUUGACAGUGUUGAAGAAAAUGAUAUUAUAGAUAACACCAAAAUAAAUCAAUAUAAUAAUGUCAAAAAAAGGUUUGUUAGUAACAAUUCUUUAGAAUUUAAAAAAACUUUUCAAAAAAAUAUAAACUAUGUUCCAAAUGAAAAAUAUGGUAAAAAAAAUAUCCCCCAUGUCAGAAAUCUUUAUAUAUUUUCAAGACAAGAACUGAAUGAAACAAAGGAAAGGAAAAGCUCUAAAAAAAUAAGCAACUAUAGUUUAGAAAAGAAUCCAAACAAGUGGGGAGUUGACGUUUUAAAAUAUAACUUGCCUUCACCAAAAAAAAUAUAUAGACAUGUAGAUAACUUGACAACCUGCUUAGUUCCAAAAAUAAGUGAAGAUUCCUUUAUUCCUAAAAAAAAUAAAAAAUAUUACGUCACUCAUCUGGAGAAAUCUCUAUGCCCCAAAGAAAAUAUUUUAUUGUUAAAUUCUAAGAAAAAAUUAAUUCACUUACAUCAAUCAAAAUUGGAGAUGAAUUGUGUGCCCAAAGAUUAUGAACAGGAAAUAAAUAAAAACAAGCCUGUCUUUCUUGAAAGAAAUUUAAACAACAACCUCAUUCCUAUAGUAGAAUGUAAAAGAAGAACGUUUCAUGUAAACGACACAUGUAAAAAUAAGCAAUGUUCUAUAAACUUCAGUUGUGAAAGAAAACCUUCGCCUUUUAGAUCUGGAAAAAGAAUAGGAUAUAUUUUCACACGAAAUGAUAACCCUACUUUUUUUUUUUAA